GGGUAGGUCUACGUGGUGAGGAGUGGGACCUUUGUCGUGCACCAACACCACGAUGGAUGACUAUCCGAUGCAUGGGCUACUUGUUGGGUUCUCCCUCUGGGGGACCCUUUGGCAUCUCCUCUUUCCUCUGGGCUUUUGGCCCACUUUCACGUGUAGAGUAGGGCCCACUCGUGGUGGGACUUCCACCAACCCCUACACGAAGGAGGAGGAGGAGAAGAUGGCCGCCAUUCUGCAGGAGAAGAAGGAGAAGAAGGAGGCCAAGAAGAAGGCUUUGAAGGAGGAGCAGGCGGCCAAACUGAAGAAGAUAGAGGAAGAGAUGGCCAAAGAGAAGGAGAGGAUACAGAAAGAAGAAGAAGAGAAGUUGAAAGAGGUGGAAGAGGAGGAAGAAGAUGAAACGUCAUUGCAGAGGAAGAGGGUGCAGUGCAGUGGUAGUAGGGAUGAAGAGAUGGAGAAGCGAAUCUCCGAGUGGGUCGCCAACUUAUCCCUGGGCGAAGAAGAAGAGGUGGCGAUGUAUAUCUCUAAAGGUGAUCAGGAAGCCGCUAUGAGAACUUGGGAAGCAGAAAAGGAUGUUGUGAAGCGGCAGGCAUUGGAAGACGAAAAGAGGAUGGAGAGGAAGUUGGCAGUGAUGAGGGAGAAGAAGAGGAGAGUGGACGCGGCAGCGGAGGCGGCAGAAGAAUUAGAGGAAAUUGACUCCAAUCUCGGUCCUCAGCCAUUCCCCUCCCCCCAGACCUCUGUCAUCAACUACCCCGCUCUAGUGGCUGUGAUCAGCUGGUGUCAUGAGAUGUUGGCUAUGGCUGCCGCGAGCGCCGUGCUGCUCUGCCAUGCAGCUUCUCCCUCCUGUGGCCUGGCGCUCAUCCAGCAUGUGCUCCAGCAGCAUGACCGCAUCCAGCCAGCCCGAAUGCCUCAAGACUGUGGCGUGCUAAUAUCUGGACCUGUCCCUGGACAUGAGGAUGUGUCCCCCUUCCUGUACAUGCAUGGCUAUGACCGAGGAGGUUCAUGCAAGGAAACCAGUCCACAUAAGGGUGAGUGUCAGUCCCAGGAAGCUGCCUGUAUGCAUCUGGAGCUCGGUUCGGACUGUGGAUCGGACGCAGACCAUAGUGAUCCUGAUCAUCCAGCUAAUUGUCCUCCAGACUCGGUACUGCGUGCUUGCUAUUACGUUCUGCUAGAGUCGGGGUCAAAUGGGUUGACAUCAAGGGAAAUGGUUUCAAAGAUGCUGGAUCGAGGAGUCCGCUUUCAAGGAAAGAGUGCAGUGCUACCCCGGGUACAGGUUGCGAAUCAACUAAGGAGCAGCCCUUACUUCAUGGAGAUUGAGGAGGGGAGGUUCGUACUGUGCAGUGCAGUUGAGGAGUGGGGUAGAGGAGGAGAGAAAUGGUCAGCAGGGAAAGGGACAUCGCUGAGCGAAAAGGCGCAAGUUAGGACCAGGGAAGGAGCGGUCUUCCACGGGAAGUCAAAGGGGGGCGCACCAGCACGAGAUGAUCCAGGCUGGGAUAGCAUUCGUGAAGAGAGAGGGUCGGAUUAUCCUGGUGCAGGCAGCUCAGAGGGCAUGCGUUGCAAGGGUGAAGCUCGCAGAGCUGCCGGUGCAGCUAUUCAGCAGCCAAGAGCUCCCGACAACGGGGGCCCGCCUCCAUCACCAAUGUCCAAUGAUCACUCAGCAAGAGCACUCCAAAAACAAACCACGUCCGGUCAGCUUGAAAGGGCUACAGCAGGUCCAGAUGGAAUUGCCAAAGUGGACGAGAAACUCAGGUUAGGAUUGGCUCAUCGGGAGUGGCAACUCAAUGAGAAGACUGCGACUAAACAAUCGUCAAAGUUAUAUCAUGCACACGGGGAGCAGGCAGCAGGGUGCGCAGGGGGAUUUGCGCAAGCAUCUUCCUGCGGGCCAAUGGGGGAGAGCCCCAAUAUUGACCCCUCGAUGUUGCACAUGCUCUCGGAGAGAUUACGUGCCAGGAUCCAAGGCAAUCUCACUGCUGGGCCUGCAGGUGGAAAGAGACCACGGGACGAUGAAUGCCAGCUGUGGCUGGCUGAUGGCCAGUCGAGUGGGACCAAAGGGUUGAGAGGGCGAGGAUAUAUGGAAGGAGGUAAAGUGGUCGGAGAGAAGGGUGAUGACAUGAUGCGGGAUGCAGGAGCAGAUCAUGAGAUGACAGAGGCAUCCAGGAGGGAGACGAGUGAGGAGGUAGGGAAGAAAGAAGGUGUAGGGAAGGAGCGAGAUAACUUGGAGGAUAUGGAGAAUGUGGAGGACAUGGCUGAGCGAGUUGAACUCGAGAGGGGAAACACGGAUGCACGUGCCACCGACAUGGAGAUUGAUGAGAACAGCAUUCAGAUGUCAACUAGCCAAGAGGAAGAUGGAGUCCAAGAAGAAAGGGCGACCACAUUGUUGGCCAACAUAAGGGACCUUUCGUCGCUGAGGCCUCUGCAGAGAAUGAAAGUAUUAAUGGUAACAGAGGCAGAUGGUAAUCAAUGCAAGAGGAGUGACGGCAAGGGUUGGCAUUGCCCGCUGCGAGCUCGGAAGGGAUACUCGUUGUGCGAUCACCAUUUGUCUAAACUACGGGCGAAGUAUGUUGAGGGUGUUGUAAGUGGCCAGAAGAAGAAAGUGUAUGGGAGUGGAAACCACACGGUGAAGAGCAACGCAAGCUGUAAUGCAGGGGAGAGCAUGAAGGUUGGCCCUAGGAAUGGGGGGGCCCUGCAGGGGGGCAAUGGGGCGUCAGGAUAUAGACCUGGAGGGAAAUACAUGGCCCCCACAAAUGGAAAUGAGAGUGCGCAGGGGGAGAUUGAGAGUUCCGAUAAAGAAAAGGGCCAUGACCUGACAGGCGCGGCAGGUGUCCCUAUACCGGGGGUUGAAUCGGUGAUUGUGAAGCGGCCGCGGUCUGGGAGUGCACCACGAGCUGUAGCUGCUCAAGUCCAAGGCUCUGGGGUUGCAGAUCUGGGCCACGGGCCCGCCAAGAAAGUCCAUGGAGCUCAGGAGCAUGGACGAUCACAGGCAAGGAUGGAGAGAGGAGUGACGCGGAUUGCACAUUCUGGCAUGCAGGGUCGAAGUCGAAACGGCACCCCUAGCAGCCGGUCAGCAAAACUGGGGGAGGGAGGGAGUGGGAGGGCAUCCACUUCAGGUGCCAAUAUUGGCAAGUCCUCGGCGGAGAAAGGCACAGGAUUGAGUGUGUGUGUGAAGCAGGCAUGGCAGUGCAGUGGGACUUGGUCGAAAGUGAUGGACAAUAAGAGGGAGGUCCUAGGAGUUUCAGAAGACGGGGAAUCAUUUCGCCGGUGCCAGAAAACAGCUGGGGAAGGCAGGCUUGCUCAAUGGCAAUGCAUGCUGCCAGCCGUGAAGGGCUCACAAUUGUGCAGAAAGCAUCUUGAUAGAAUGCGUCGUUUUAAGACAAAGAGACCAUUAGGUGCUGAAAAACUCAUGGGUGAACCUGUUGAAGACGAUAGGGACAGCUACAACGUUGACGAAGGCACAAAGUUUCUGGGUAAAGGGAGUAAUUGUGAAAGUGGUCCACCAAGUAGAUUCCGGAUGCAUGACGGCAAUGCAGAACGACGCAGGAAAGGAAGGUAUUGUGACGGCAAUGCAGAACCGCAAACGAGAUGCAGGGAUGCCACUGCACCAGAGCGGUUGAUUGAAUCAAGAAACGCUCCUGAUGACACAAAGGCGGCAAAUAGAGGGGGAAAUCGUCAUAAUGACAGAGAAAUGCCAGGCAAAGGAAGACAUCGUGAUCCCCGUGCAGAGCAGCUGGCAAAAGGGAGAGGUCGUGAUGGGAAGAGGGAAACACUUUAUAAAGGAGGGGUCUGCGACAUGUCAAAUGAAGAAACGCGAAGGAAAGGACCAACUGGAGAUGCCAGUAAUGUGGAAAUGCGAGGCAGAGGAAGGAAUCGAUUUGGGAAUGGUAAGGACCGUAGUUAUGGGGACUGGUGUGGGCCUCGAGACGGGCAAUGGAAUGAAGGCUCUGGUGGAAGCGAGAAGCAGGAGGCUAAUACUAAUACUACGAAGGAUGGAGGAGGGUCUGGGAAACCAUCUGUUGAGGCAGAUGGGACACACAGAAAAGAGUUAAGCCGUGGGGAAGUUUUUGGUCGAAAAGCGAAGCCUUGUCAUGUAGUAGAUUAUGACAGUGAAAGGGAGAGGGAGCAGUUGUUUGGAGGUACCAGGGUGGUAAUUGAGCCGCCAACCCUCCCUCGCAGAUGAAAGGAUGUUGGAUCAUAGCAAGUUCAUCAAGGUACAACUGUAGAGGUGCACGAUGGAAGGCACAUGUGGGUGUUCACUGUUUCUUCAAUUGAUUUUGCAUCGAUUGCAUCGCAUAAUGUCAAACACUGGAAAGCAAGUACAUUGAACAUGGUCUCUCAACUUCUGCAGGAUUUUGCAAGGAAGAGCCAGCAUGCUCCAAGCGACAGCUUAGGACUUGCAUUUGACUCUCUGUGAAUCAAGCUGCCAUGCUCUU